AUGGCGCAGCAGCAGGCUCCGCCAGCUGCGCUGGCUCCCAUCGCCGUCGUCGUUGACGAGGUUCAGAUCAACAGCGACGCAAUGCUCGUUCUCGCUCCAGGUGCUCAGCACGUAAGGGACCACACGUCUUUCUUGAAUUGGGCUACCGUGUACAACGGUGCAGCAGCAGUGGCCAGCUACACCCUGGGGCAGAGCGACGCCAAGGGCGCCUUCCUGCCGAGGUGCCAGUUCAGCGGGGACCAGCAGACAGGCACCCUCCUCGAUGGGAAUCACGUUCUCAAUGUGUUUUUCAAUGGGGCAUUCUGGUCGCGGCUUCUGACCGCUCUGGAUGCUGCAAACCUCUUCGCCACCUCCAUGGAGAAGAUCGGCGUGCUGCACCAGCGGCUCGCCGACCUGGUGAUGGCCAACCCGGGUGUCUGGAGGAUCGCGCACACGGACAUUUUUCUUGGCCCGGCUGUGGCAGCAGUCCCUGCUAUGCCCGGACCGCCAGACCUGCUCUUCCUCACGCACCUCCCGCUUCACGCGCUCGAGGUGGACGGGGAGCUGCCUCUGCUCUCGUACUCGCUGCUCUCUUUCUGGGCUAUUGUGCAGAGCUUCGGGACGGCGGCCGCCAACCCGGCGAUGCUCGCGCUCCAGAUCCCUCGCCUGCUCAAGGGCUCCUCGCUCCCCGUCCUCUUUCAGUCCACCGCCUCGGACCCGUACACAAGGCUCGAGGACUUCACGGACAUGCUCCGCAUGCAGUCCGGCGGUGCAGAUGAGAGGCGGCGCAUCGAGGAGAGGCGGAUCAAGCUCGCCACCUCUCUGGGCGCGCUCUACCAGCUGGUCAUCCAGCCGUCGCCUUCGGCCCAGACUGCGACCACUCUGGUGAGCCGCCUGGCCGCCAAGAUUCUGACUGCGCCCCAGCUCAAACUGUCGCUCGCGGACCAACUUGCCAUCCUCUCGGCAGUCGUCCAUGAUCGGCGGCAUCUUGUCCAAGCCGGAGCUUCCGCGGAAGACGCGGUCACCGCUCUGAUGGCGGAGAACCUCCUCUACGACGGGGGGCGAGUCCCGGGCGGACCUGCCCCGGGUGCUGACGGCGGGCCUGAUGUGUCUGCCCACGCUCUCCCGAGCCGCCUCAUCGAGAAGGCUUCGAUGCUGCCCAAGUUUCAAGCGCUCGCGGGCGCAAUCGCGGGACUGGACACCGCCAACUCCGAAGUCAGGCGCCAAAUCCUGGCAGCCUCGUUCGCAAGUGGGAGCGACAUCGUCUUCCGAGUUGUCCUCGGGCCUGGGGGCCGCGAAGCCAGGAUGAAUGCGACGCUCGCCAAGAUUGCCCACUGCAAGGUGGAACUACCCACCUAUCUCACAUGGUGCCUGGUGGUCGGCAGCGGCGGCCAACGCCAAGAGGAGCUCGGGAGGUACCACCUCACGGGCCUCGACGGCACAGAAAACCGCCUCUUCAAGUCGUUCAUAUCGGGCAAUCUGGUCGGCACCGACUACGGGUACCCCAGCCUCCGACGGGGCGGUUCCGGGUCCCCCAGGCUCCGCGUGGGUUGGAGCGGUCCGUCUUCCGGCUUCACGUGGAACAAUGUGCGAAAUUUACCGCCGCACCCAUGA